GACUCAUUCACUUGUCUUUGGAGAGGGAGGGACCUGGUUGUAGGGAACAGAGAGAGAGUACCUUGGUUGGCACAGGGCUGGGGAAAGGUCAAGGGAGCUGGUGUACUCUGGCCUGGAAAAUCCCAGGCUAUGGUUUAGUAGGAGGCUAGGCAGAUACUAGGGUUGCAGAGGGGUAGCCCAUGGGUAGGCUGAAGCAGAAGGUUCAAGCCCCUCCUUGUCAGUGAUGAGUGGCUUUUACACUGCAGUCUGCCCUGAUACAAGGGGCUAGUUGGUGACUGGUAGUAGCCUUACACUGAGGCAAGGUGGGGGUUCUGGGGGGAACUGUGAGAGACAGUGGGUGUACUGCCAAGGGACAGCCAUCCAAGGAGCACCAAGUCUGGGAGGGAUGCAGGGCUAGUGGUAAGGCAGAUCACUGGCCUGCAGAGGGUGCUCUGGAGUCUGGUGAGCUAAUUCCUGAUGAAGACCAGCAGGAGGUGCCCCAGGGGUGAGUCCACACCCUUACAGAGAGGCGGAUUCCAGCGCCGAGGAGGCCCCGGGGACACAGCGCCAGCCCGCAGCCCUCUGCCAUGUUCGCCUGCGUGAAGCUCGCCUCCUCCCCGGCCCUGAUCCGUGUAGGAUCAAGAGUCUUGUACAGACCAAUUUCUGCAUCAGUGUUGUCUAAGCCAGAGAUCAGAACUGGAGAGGGCAGCUCAACACUUAAUGGAGCCCAGAAUGCUGUCUCUCAAGUAGCACUUAGAGAGUUCCAGACUAGUGCUGUCAGCAGGGACAUUGACACUGCUGCCAAAUUUAUUGGUGCUGGUGCUGCCACAGUAGGAGUGGCUGGUUCUGGUGCUGGUAUCGGAACAGUCUUUGGUAGUCUAAUCAUUGGUUAUGCCAGAAAUCCCUCUCUGAAGCAGCAGCUGUUUUCAUAUGCUAUCCUGGGAUUCGCCCUGUCUGAAGCUAUGGGUCUCUUUUGUCUGAUGGUUGCUUUCUUGAUCCUGUUUGCAAUGUGAAGAGAUCUGCUGCUCGUAACGUUUGCAUUAGUAAAUUACAAAUGUAAUUGUAUGUAUUUUACUGAGGCUCCCAAAAUGUUGGUGUUGUGGAAAUGAACAUUAUUUCCAAAGUCAUUUCAUUAAAGAUAAUAACUUUAACUGUCUGGCUGUGGCCUUCAUUUAUUAAUUUGAACACUGUCUAUUGGGUAUGAUUUUUGGGGGGGAGGGGAAGGAUAUUAGUUAAUGUGAAAAACUGUAAAUGGGGCCUAUACUGACCUGCAGUCACCACAAAUUUCUCCUGAUCCCAGUAAAUUCACAUGGAGUAUAGGACCCUGUAACCAUAACUUCAAACAGAACGCCAUGAAGUUUGAAAUACACUUUAAAUGCUUUCUCUAGGUAGUCAUUGCAUAUGUCGUGUCAAUUUUAAUUUGAAGUUUGAUGCAUUUGUCAUAUUUCUGGUUAAAGACCCCUAAAAUAACCUGUCUAAGGCUACUGGUGACCUUAGGGGGUCACCUAUGAAAUGAAACACUAAUGACUUUUGAAAUAACAUUCAGAACCACAAUUAAACUUUUAGACCUACCUUCCUCUACUAAAACCAUUUUGUUUCCUGUUCCCAUGUUCAAUUCCAAUACUGCUGAACUUGAUGAUGUGUUCCAUAGCAUCUUUCAUCUAAGGAUCAAAAUUGGGGUAGUCAAUAGGAAGAUCAAAUCUGGACUGUCAGAUGUUUCUGAACAGACCCUGAAAUCUUUAUUUACUUAUUUUCUCUGGUAGCUGGACUUUGACUGUACCUUGACCAAGACAUUUGGACCUUGAUAAA